UCUUGGAUGUGCGGAGUGAUUGUUUAGCGAGAAGAUUUUUUUUUUAUUUAGAAAAAUAGCCUUUGUACUGAAACGUGGUAGAUUUAACGGAGUUGGAAAACCGAGGAAAGAAAUCCUAACUCGGGAAAAUCCAGUAAAAGAAGGCAUGAAGACAUCAUCCUAGUCAUCAGUCAUGGCCGAUAAAAGGAAACUACAAGGUGAAAUAGAUCGAUGUCUGAAAAAAGUAGCGGAAGGAGUCGAACAGUUUGAAGACAUUUGGCAAAAGGGCAAGAUUUGGAGAAGUGAAGGACAUCUAUCCAAACUUCACAAUGCAGCGAACGCAAAUCAGAAGGAGAAAUAUGAAGCAGACCUCAAGAAAGAGAUUAAAAAGCUACAGCGUCUUCGAGACCAGAUCAAGACGUGGGUGGCUUCCAACGAGAUCAAAGACAAAAGACAGCUAGUAGAGAACCGCAAACUCAUAGAAACGGUCAUAUAA